UUCAGUUCCUUCCGCGUCGUUUCUCGGCUGUUUCCGCCCAGCUCCUUUGUGCCGCGCAGAACAACGGGAUGACGCAUGCGCAGAGCCCAGCGGCCGCAUAUAUAAAUGCGAACCCGGGCUCUUCCUCGUAGUGCCGCUGGGACUGUUGGCGGGUGUGGGUCUGUGUCAGUUUUUGCGUCACUCGAGCCCUGGGCGCUGCGAGCUGAAGAGCCGAGCACGCGGGUCGGUCAUCAUGUCGCGUUACGGGCGGUACGGAGGAGAAACCAAGGUGUAUGUUGGUAACCUGGGAACUGGCGCUGGCAAAGGAGAGUUAGAAAGGGCUUUCAGUUAUUAUGGUCCUUUAAGAACUGUAUGGAUUGCGAGAAAUCCUCCAGGAUUUGCCUUUGUGGAAUUCGAAGAUCCUAGAGAUGCAGAAGAUGCAGUACGAGGACUGGAUGGAAAAGUGAUUUGUGGCUCCCGAGUGAGGGUUGAACUAUCGACAGGCAUGCCUCGGAGAUCACGUUUUGAUAGACCACCUGCCCGACGUCCCUUUGAUCCAAAUGAUAGAUGCUAUGAGUGUGGCGAAAAGGGACAUUAUGCCUAUGAUUGUCAUCGUUACAGCCGGCGAAGAAGAAGCAGGUCACGGUCUAGAUCACAUUCUCGAUCCAGAGGAAGGCGAUACUCUCGCUCACGCAGCAGGAGCAGGGGACGGAGGUCAAGGUCAGCAUCUCCUCGACGAUCAAGAUCUAUCUCUCUUCGUAGAUCAAGAUCAGCUUCACUCAGAAGAUCUAGGUCUGGUUCUAUAAAAGGAUCGAGGUAUUUCCAAUCCCCGUCGAGGUCAAGAUCAAGAUCCAGGUCUAUUUCAAGACCAAGAAGCAGCCGAUCAAAGUCCAGAUCUCCAUCUCCAAAAAGAAGUCGUUCCCCAUCAGGAAGUCCUCGCAGAAGUGCAAGUCCUGAAAGAAUGGACUGAAGCUCUCAAGUUCACCCUUUAGGGAAAAGUUAUUUUGUUUACAUUAUUAUAAGGGAUUUGUGAUGUCUGUAAAGUGUAACCUAGGAAAGAUAAUUCAACCAUCUAAUCAAAAUGGAUCUGGAUUACUACUCUGUAAAUUCACAGCAGUAAGAUAAUAUAAAUUUUUGUUGAAUGUAUUAACAUCCUAUGGUCUGAAAAUGUGGGUUUUUAUUUGGCACAUUUAAAUAAAAUGUUUCUAACUAGAUUUUUGAUUUGUGUUCAAUAUUAACACUUCUCAAUUUGAUGAAUUUCAGAGUCAGACGUUAUAAUUGUUAACCUUAUUCAUACAGACCUACAUUCAGAAUUGAAAGGUGUUGGUUAAGUCUUGAACAUCACUAACUGUUCUAUACAUAAAACUUGGCCAGGAUCUUAAGGGACUUUGAAAAUUAAAUUUUACCCUUGUAGCUUUGGGUAAGAUGACCUUGAGUCCCCUAUAAUAUAGCAUGAAUGCAUCAUGACAGAUCCUUAAGUUAGCUAAUCCGUUUGAAGUUGGUGUUAGUAGGUAUUGUCAAACUAAUGAUCAGUGGUCAGGCUAGUGGGACCGCUGAUCUGUCUGUAAAUGAGCAUGACAGGAACUAAGCAAAAGUGAUUAAAUGUAUGACAAAUAGGGAGAAACUGAUUUCUGGAUGAUCUUGAUACUAAUUGCAGCUUUCAGGCUACUACUAGGUGGCAUAGUGUCAAUUAGAACUCCCCAACAUAGGGGGAAUUCUACUCAAUGGUCUUUCGUUUCUUUGCUUUCUACAUUAGUUAUAACCAGUUUUAUACCAAAAAAAUGCAUGUUUGAGGAAUUGUCUGAAAUAAGGACAAAACACCAUGUAAACCAGCUUUGCAAAAUUUUCCAGCCCAGAUACUACUCCUGUAUUCAAAUGGAUUGUCUUAUUCUGAGCAAAGACCUGGUAAUCUUCAAGCUAGGUUUUGCAGUUCCCAACUACCAACAUUCUUCUAUUUUGCCAGGCUGGUGCAAAGUAAUUAAAGAUGUCAAUCAGAAAUGUCAAUGAGACUAAAGUGGUUUUGUAAAUCUCAGCUAUAUUUAGCAACACUCCAUGUAGCUAAUUUUUUUUUUUUGGUAGCAUCUGGUAGACCUUAGAAUGUUAUAGCCAGUAGGUUCUUUAUUCAGAAUUAAAAUAUAUUAAGAAUAGUAGGGCAGUAACAGUUACUUUUGAGAGUUUUCUGGUCAAGCUUUUACCAGGCAUUCUCUAGCCUUGGUACAAAAAAAAAAAAAAAAAAAAAAAAACCCUGCUGGUUGCACAGAUACCUAGGCUUGUCCAUUUUAUGCAUUUCAGCAAAGUCAUUGGAUACCAUUGCAACUUGGGAAUACUGGUCUGCAUCAAGUUUAUUUGGUAGUUUGAUUGCUAGUAUGUUGGAAGUUAUUUGGAUUCUUUGUUUUUGGAAUUUUGACAACUGGCUGAAUUAUGGUUGGUAUAAAGUUAUGUGUAUAAUUGACAGGCUUAUUUAUCUGUUGCACUUGGUUAGCUUUAAUUGUUCUGUAUUAUAUAAAGAUAAGUUUACUCAACAAUAAAUCUGCAGAGAUUGAACAAAUAA